AUGGCGUCCUGGAAUAGCCACCCUUUCGGGCUUCGACGCCCACACGAGCACAUCUCAACUGCGCCGGCACCCCCCUUUGGCGACUUGAUCCAGACCCUCAAGUUGAGCGACCUCAAGACGGACACCAAGACUCCUAGCACUCCCCAGAUCACAGAUUUCAAACCCCUCGGCUCGUACAGCUGGCUGGACAAGAAGCCAGGCCAGGCCGAGAUUCUCAUCCCUGGCCAACCCCCCCGCUGGACCCCCCAACCUUAUCCAACCCCCCUUCUUGAAGACACCGGCACCUACUACCGGGACAAAAACGCCGCCCGCUACCCCCAUCACCCAACCGAACCCGCCAUCCUCACCGCUCUCACCUCCGACCCAGCCCUACCUGCCAACAUCGACCUCUUCGCCUGCGGCAGCACCCUCGGCAAUCUCCUCCGUUUCGCCCGGGACGUGGACAGUGAUAGAUCGUUUCGCAUGUUGGCGUAUAAAUUGGGAGGCACGGUGUUUUUAGUGAGGAGGGAGAAUUCGCCUACGGAGACGAUUCCCGGGGUGAGGGGGUUUGGACAUGCGUUUCCGGAGGCGAAUACGAGUUGGGAUGUGGGAGUGAAGGGGUCGGUGUCGCAUCAGAGGGUGGUGGGGUAUAAGGUGGGGGGGUUGGAGGUGGUGGUGAGGUUUGAGGCGGAUGGGUAUAUUGCUGGGGAGAAGUCGGCGUCUGGGUUGAAGUCAACUGCGAAAGAUAAGGGUGUUGAGGGUGCGGGUUCGCUGGAUGAGCUUACCAACGCGUUGGCCUCGCUGAAUCAUGGCGGUUACAAGCCCAGCACCAACAUCAGCAAGCCAGAAACACUGAAACUCACCACCGCGGGUACUCCCAUCCCCCACAGCUCCCUCUUUGACCUCAAAACGAGGAGUAUUCGCACCCGCCCGACGCAGUCCACCAUCUUGGCUGGUGAAAUACCCCGUCUCUGGCUGUCACGUGUACCGAAGCUCAUUCUGGCUUAUCACACCCGUGGAUUGUUCCCUAAGGAAGAUAUCGAGAUCCUGGACGUCAGGGAGGAGGUUGAUAAAUGGGAGGAACAGAACAAAAAAGAGUUGGAGCGGUUCAGUGCUGUGUUGGCGUGGGUGAAGGAGAACGUGGGACAAGCACUGAAGGGACAAGGGGAAGGGGUUGGGGUGGUUGAGAUUUGUAGACGGGGUGGGGAGAAUGGGUUGGAGUUGAGACGGGCUGGGGGAACGGUGUAUGCGCUGGCCUCGGGGGGAGUUAGAGACCAGUGGGUGGAUGUUGUUGGUGGGAAGAGCAAUGUGCAGAGCGAAGAGAAGAAAGAGGGGGAGAAGGAGAGUGAGAGGGAGAGGGAGAAGGAGAAGGGGAGUGAAAAAGAGAGUGAAAAAGAGAGUGAGAAAGAGAGUGAGAAAGAGAGUGAGAAAGAGAGUGAGAAAGAGAGUGAGAAAGAGAGUGAGAAGGUGAAGGAGAAUGACUCGGACGAUGCCUACGAUGUGUCGCCGGAGGACGGCAUAGGGUUUGAUGACUGGGAGGAGCAGGUAAGAGACAGGUUUGAGUAUAGCCCGUGGGACUGGAAGGACCAACAGGACGAUGACUUUACUGCGUGUAGUGCGGACCACUGCGGGUAUUGUGGUCGGUGUUCGUACUAG